AUGGGGUGCGCCGUGUCGAAGGGGGCGGCGCAGGGAUCGCCGGGGUACGACGUGUCGUCGGCAUCGGGGUACGAAGCGGUGUCCCGUAGCGCGUCGGCGUCGGCGUCGAUAUGGAGCAGGCCUGUGCGGCUGGAGGCGCUUGAUCUUGGCGGCGAUGGGGAGGAGCAGGAAGGCGUGCCCGGCAACAUCAUCGUCGCCGGCGCCGGCACGGCGCGGCUGGGCAACCUGCACCGCUACAUCGAGUGCGAGCAAGCGGCGGCCGGGUGGCCGGCGUGGCUGAGCGCCGUGGCCGCCGAGGCAGUGCAGGGGUGGGUCCCUCUCAAGUCCGAGAACUUCGAGAAGCUGGAGAAGAUCGGGCAGGGCACGUACAGCAGCGUGUUCCGCGCCCGGAGCCUGGAGACGGGCCGCGUGGUGGCGCUGAAGAAGGUGCGGUUCGACAGCUUGGAGCCGGAGAGCGUUCGGUUCAUGGCGCGGGAGAUCGUCGUGCUCCGCCGGCUGCAGGGCCACCCCAACGUGGUCGGCCUCCAUGGCCUCAUCACCUCCCGCUCCUCUCCUAGCAUCUACCUCGUCUUCGAGUACAUGGAGCACGACCUCGCCGGGCUCGCCUCGUCCUCCGCCGCCGACAGCUCCUUCUCCCAGCCCCAGAUCAAGUGCUACAUGCGGCAGCUGCUGGCGGGGCUGGAGCACUGCCACGCGCGCGGGGUCAUGCACCGGGACAUCAAGUGCGCCAACCUGCUCGUCAGCGCCGACGGGCAGCUCAAGAUCGCCGACUUCGGCCUCGCCAACCUCUUCUCCUCCUCGCCGCAGCAGCCGCCGCUCACCAGCCGCGUCGUCACGCUCUGGUACCGGCCACCGGAGCUCCUCCUGGGCGCCACCGCCUACGACCCCACCGUGGACCUCUGGAGCGCCGGCUGCGUCUUCGCGGAGCUCCACGCCCGCCGCCCCGUGCUCCAGGGCCGCACCGAGGUCGAGCAGAUCCACAAGAUCUUCAAGCUCUGCGGCUCGCCGCCCGACGCCUACUGGCGCCGCCUCGGGAACGUGUCGUCCUCGUCGUCCGUGUUCCGGCCGCAGGUACCCUACGAGAGCCGCCUCGGGGAGACCUUCGGGUCCGCAAUGCCCGACGCCGCGCUGCGCCUCCUCAGCACCCUCCUCUCGGUCGAGCCCGCCGCCCGCGGCACUGCCUCCUCCGCCCUUGCCUCGAACUACUUCGCCCACGCGAGCGAACCACCGUCCGCGAUGAUCCCUCCCAGGUGCGCGGCGCCGAACAGGGAGAUGGACGCUAAGCUCCGGGAUGAAGAAUCGAGGAGGAGGAGGAACGAGACGGCGAAGCGGCUGUCGAGGGCGCACAGGAGCAUGCAGGACACCAGCAGCAGCCAGCGGCAUCACGGCCACGUCCACGCCGAGGAGUCGCUCCCCCUGGAAGUCGAGCCGGUGGUGGCCGCCAGCAAGCGCCAUGACGACGACGCCCGGCCAACGCCGGCGCCGUGCGCCAGGCAGGAGGAGGACGCGCCGGCUCGGCUCGCCGACCACGUCGCUCUCAGCGCCGGCCCCGUGCAGCUCGCCGCGUCCACCGGAUUCGCGUGGGCCAAGAAGCCCAGAGUACCCGACGCGGCGGCGACCAAGAGGAGCUCCUCCAGGAGGACCAACAACACCGACGGUGGCGACGCCGCAAGCACAGGAGCAACAACCACCACCACAGCUCCAUACGAGGUGGAGAAGCAGGAGAUGAUCAAGCAGUGGGCGCAGGUUGCAGAGGCCUUCGGUUCAUCUCAGCCCUACAACAGCAGCAGGUCCAUCAGGGAACCACUGGACGGCAAGCAGCUCAAGACCAGCAAGAAGAACAAGGGGAAGAAGAUGAAGAGGGUGGACUACUCGGGCCCGUUGCUGUCGCGCGUCGACGAUCUCCUCCACCUGCAGAGCCACGAGCAGCAGAUCCGGCGAGCUGGCCGCCGGUCGUGGUUCCACAAAGGAAGCAAGAGGGAGCAGCAGCAGCACUAA